AAAUCGUCGCCCACACCCUUGUGGGAUAUUCAGUUCAAUGAAGGACUUACACUUUGAGACGAGCUAAAACAUGCUCACAUCUAUUGCCUAUUGGUAUUUACCAGUGGUAUUACUUACAACAACAAGCGCGUUAACUGUGCAAACAACACCAAAAAAGCUGAAAAAUGGUUGCAACUCAAUCCGGGAAAACUGGCCCGCAUCUCGGAAACUGAUUCCACGGGAGAACCAAGAUGCCUUUGGUGAUGCCCCGUUUUUUCGGCUAACCACAUCAUCUGACAUAAGCGUAGUGGAGCCCGACUCAAAUCACAUCCUUCAUCUUGUUCCCACGGGACCCUCUAAGAAUAUUAGUCACUUCAUGAUUUGGACCGAAACUCACGACGACAAUUGUGAUUCAGCCUUAAGUGGUCUUUCAGAAAUCUGUAGCCGUCCAAUGGAGAAAUGCAAUAAUAUCUUAGUGAAUCAAUCCUCAGAAGAUGGAAGAUUAAUGGGUGAUAUUUCAUUUGAAUGGCAAGCAGGCUCGUGUGGGUACCAUGAUAUCAAAGUCCAAGUUAUUGAUGCCGACCAAAGUAUUUACUCGCCGGAGAAUGAUCCUUUCGAAACUCUUAAAAUUUCUUGCUACGUGGAUGUUGAUGGUGGAACGUCUCUCAUAUGAAAUACACUAUUAUCAUUAUUAUUGA